UUAGACUGGUCAUAUGUUUUCGUCAGAAGAAAAAUAAACAAUGAAAGAAAAUUUAUAAGAUAACUACGGGGUUGAACCUGGGAAUUUAUAAAAAAUUAAAAAAAAUGUCGAGUAAUUUGUUUCGUUCCGCAAAAUACAAAAUUGAUAUUGGUGAAAUUACUAGAAAACUAGUAACUUCCUCAUAUCGCCGGCUUUUUGUAGCAUUGCUUUUUGUCUGCAUAUUUUUUUACAUAUUGCCGCCUGUUUUUCGUUAUCUGUUUAUGCGAGUACCGGAAAACAAGGAUCCUUUGCUGCAGUGCAUGGACGAUCGGUUGACUCCCUUUUUUUUGCAAAACUUUGAGUUUGAUGCUAAUAUAAGACACGUGCCUCCAUUCAUUGAGGAACGCAACAUCAUUCCAUACGUGGGCAAUGGAUAUAUAGGUCUGGAGGUAGCACAUGAUGCACCUAUGAAUAUAAAAUAUGGCCGUGCAAUGCAAUUGCCAACCCAGUUUCAUCCAAUAGUGUCUGUUUUUCAAACUGAAGCUGGUCGAGAAGCUACAGCAGUUGAGUAUUUGUCAGGUAUAUCUUGGAGGUUUCAGUGCUUUUCGAAUAUGUUUGUAUCCUAUUCGUAUUAUGCACAUCGAUCUCACCCCAGUAUUCUUAUGCAAGAAAUUAAAAUUACUAAUACACGUAAUACCAUGGAAGAAGUUGAGUUAAUACUACCACGUGUUCAUUUUCUUUCCCCGAUUACGCGCACAAUUCAAUUGGGUUCAUCAGAAUCAGCAAAGGAAUUUCAAAUUAUCACGGGGACAUUGAAUCCCAGCCCCGAAGAUGCCUCAACUAUUAUUGUUGUGACCAUUGUUAUGCCGCAAAUAUCACGAAGCAUUCAGUUGAAAAAACGCGGUAGUAUAAAAUUGGAAAUACCUAUAGCAGUUCACUAUUCAAAGCCACUCAAAAGAGAAAAUGAGGAACAAUUGAAUACUGUCACGGCUGAGACUGAACAAAAAGCCACAUUGGCUAUGAGCAAAGUCCUACAAAUAUUACAAUCGAAAGUUGAGUCUUCAAGUAAAGCCCUACAUAAUUUUCGACAGUCCCAUAUAAAUGUGUGGUCAGAUUUGUGGGCAACUGGUUUUACUAUAAGCACUUCAAAGGCAGAGAAUAGCCUGAAUGGCGAUCGCAUUAAUGCUACUAUGUAUGCCGUAUUGUCUCAAACGCGAAGCUACGAGUUUGAGGAAUAUGUUUCGGUUUCAGCUCCCUCAAAGCAAGAAAUAGCCAAAGCUUUAACUUACGCCGAAGGUUGCUAUGACUCGUAUCAUACUCUGCAGGCCGAUAAUUUGUGGUUACCCAUGGAUUCUUUGGAAAAAUUAAAUCAUCUAGUCUCCUCCUGGAUGCUUACCCUGGAAAAACAGGGUUGCCAUAAUUUAAUCCGCGCUGGUUCUUCUGGUGUCAUUCAAGCUAUGGUUCUUAGUUUUGGUAGCUUUCGCUUUAGCAAUCAACAUUUGGAAUGUAAUAUGCAUCCGAAAUACCUACAUCGUGAUUUUCAUUUUCGUCGCUUAAAUUAUGGAAAUCGAACACAUGUCAACGUGACAAUAAAUGUGACGGAAGAUAAUAAAGCAGUUAUAAAUGUCGCAUUGGACCGUUCAGAUCGAAGUUAUUAUGCCUGCGAUGGUGGUUGUAUGGAUGAGCCAGUUUUACUGACACAAAAUCGGCGACAGUUUCCAGUCAAAUUAACGGAACCAUUGACUGCCAUUCUUUAUAUAACUGAAGACAAACAACAUAUGGUUGAACUGCAUCAAGCUAUACAUGUCAAAGAAGUUGUGGAAGCUCCAGCUCAUGAACAACACAUAAUAUCACUACAUAAACACGGCCAUCAGUUGGGUGGCCUUCCCACACUCUUUUGGGUGUCUGUGUGUGCAAUAAUUAUAGUAUUUCAUAUAUUUUUGUGUAAAUUAAUAAUCAAGGAAUAUUGUGAACCUUCGGAUAAAAUAAGAUAUCGCUAUAAUAAACCGUGAUUUUAGGUUCUAAUGUUAUAACUUCCUAAUUUUUAAAACUCUACCUUCAUUUCUAAUCUAACAAUAAUACACAAAUUUUCUAUAGAACAAAUUAUGGUCGGAAAUGUUUUAAUCCCUGUUUUUUUAAAGGAAGUUAAAAGCCAAGAACUGACCUUCUAGCUUUACCAAGUAAAUGCUCUUAAUAUUUUUUUUGUGUACGUAUUUGAAAUGAAAGACACAAUGCUAAUAAAAACAGACAAAUAAAAUAACAUUA